UGCUUUCACGAACUCUUGGCAAUCUUGCAUCUGGCAACCGGAUCAGUUGGUGAGUUGUUGAGUUCUGCUCGAGUUGGUGUGUUCGAGUCCUUGGCAUUCAGGCGUUCCAGCCAGCUCACGAGUCGCUGUAGCAACAUUUAGGUCAUCUCUAGCGAGUGUAGGGCUGCUCGCCUAAACCGGCAGUGAUCGGCUGGUCCUUGCACAUGCGGCAGCCGCUUCGUCUUCCUACCUACAGAUUUUCUACUUGGGAUCGAUUUUUCCGUUGAUACGGUAGUGAGGGAUUUCUGUUUCGGUGCACGCAGCAGUGUUUUAGCUAUUGAGUCAAGGCCAUCAGCCCCUGGUUUAGACUAACCAGAAGGCUUCCCUAACCUUGGCUGCGUCGGCUGCCUUUCGAUUUGGAGGAAUGCCUCCGUCCAGGGCUGGUCGCGGCAUUGCUUUGCUGGUAUCUAUUUUUCUCUGCGUUCUUGGUUGCUGCCAUGGGCAAUCGCCAGUGUCCAUAUCACCUGUUGCAAUGCAGACGGUGAUACUGGAUCACCUUGGUGGGGACCAGUUUAGUCCACAAUGGCUGAAUGUAACGUGCACGGAGUCCGGCUUCACAAGAGGAAUGUUCAACUGGACGCGGAAUGCAAUUGCCAUUGACGAGACUGCCGGGCACAUAAUCGAGGACAACGUUCUUUACUUCCGCGUACAUCACAUACAUGCCACUCUCCAGACACUCGAGUGUGUCACUGAAGAUGUGGACACGGGAUCAGUAGAGAUGGCUAGUGUAGAUUUCAUUUCUGCUGAGCGGCCACCUGUCCCUGCAUCAGUCACAGAAGUGUCCAUCACGCCCAAUGCUGCAAGCUUCAAUGUGGCCACCACGCCGCUAAGAACAGCUGAUAAACUCCUUGUUCGCUAUGGUCCGGAUGGAGCUGGUCAGGCGCAACAGCAAACGGUGAACUAUACCCUGAGUGGCUCUACACAGCUAGUGUCUCUCCCUGGACUGACUCCUGGCACAGCCUACACCAUGCAUGUAUCCUAUCGCAACUCUGCAUCUGGUGCUCAGAGUGCACAGCGCACUGAGUCCUUCACGACGAGACAAGUGCCGGCGCGUCCGUCUAAUCUUGUGCUGGGUAGUAUUGUGCAUGACUCGGCUGUUGCAUCAUGGGAUGCACUAAUGGAUGCUAUGUGGCAAGACAACGGUGUCUCUUCACCUUCGCGCCAGUACCGUGUUGUUCUCGUGAACGCAGCGAAGCCCCACAGUAGCAUAACAGCAGCUACGUCAAUGACCUUGACGGGACUCGAUCCUUCUACCACCUACACUGUUCAGCUGACGGCUACAAACAAUUUUGGAGAGGGGUUGGCAUUGGAAGAGGACUUCACAACUCUUUCUGCGCCUCGCCUUAGUGUGACGGAAACACCGCUGUCUACUCUGAGCCCUUUAGUGUUCAAAACCAAUGUCUCCUUCAGUCCUCCUGCCGAUUGGCUAAACAAUGGCGCUCUGGCCGUAUCAUAUAAAUACUCUCUCGACGGGAACCGCACUUUCGACCAGACGACACAGCCAUCCUUCAACAUCCAGUAUGGCGGCGGAGUAGAGAUCUUCAUCAGCGCUACCCCAGUCGUGAAUGGACAGGCGUAUCCAGAGUAUAGUGGUGUUCUUGUGAAGACAUCUGGCAUCAGACAACCUCCUCAACCGGUUGUAUCGGAUAUAACAACAACUGCUACAACUAUUAUGGUGACGUGGGAGCCAAUAGAUUUUAAUGAUGGUGGUCCAGGUCCUGCAUUUGUCAGGACAUUCACUAUUGAACUGAGGUUUGCUGAUAGUGGAGCCGAAGUUCUCCCCACUCCUGCUGUUGACCAUACCGCACUGGCCUACACUUUCAGAAACCUCUCGCCGAAUCGCAAGUACGUUGUGCGGCUCAAUGUUGCAAAUAACCAGUUUGACACCGAGGUCAACAAGGACGCCACGACGAACAAGAAGGAGCCUUCUGACAGUGUGUCCAUCACUAGCCUCGUCCCAGGCACCCACAGUCUGGCAUUGUCUUGGACUGCGAUUUCCAACUGGAAUAGCGACGAUGGACGGAAUUAUCGGUUGAAUUGGUAUUGUGGCAAUUUGUCUACGCAGCCGAUAAUGAUUCCUCCGCAUAAUACUACCUUUGUCAUCGAGAACCUAAAGCCGCACACCCAGUGCAACGUGUCCAUUGCUGCAGUCAACGAUAUUGGAAGCGGUCCAAUCUCCUACACUAUCACUUCAACGAAAGAAGCUGCACCAAGUAAGGUACGUGACUUGAACAAGAGCCAGUCCGAUCAUACUGCUGUCACUGUAACUUGGAGAGAGCCAGAAUACCCGAACGGUAUCGUUCAACACUACAAUGUCACCCUGGAGGAUGAUGUAACUGGGUCGGUUCGCUCACUGGUUACACAAGACUUGAUGGCUACAUUCAAUGGCCUUAUUGGUGGAAUGCAAUACCACGUGUCGGUCCGGGCCUUUACCGUGGAAUAUAGCAAUCCCAGUACAAUCACUUUCCAAUCCAUCGAUGGCACUCCCUCUGAUCCGCCUCGAAUCCAGACGGUGAAAGUCGAUGUCGGCCUUCGAAAUGCCUUGAAAGUGACAUGGCGAAAUCCUGCUGAAACUCAUGGAGAUAUCGUGAGCUACAUGUUUUUCCUGACACCAACCGGUGGUGCAGAAGAGACCAGGACUAUCCCGCAACGGGGUGUGGAACAGUGCCAGACAUGCCCAUUCGGAGCGUUGAGAGUUGCUCUCACUGGCCUCGAGUACGACACAGAGUACACAAUCCGCAUGGCAGUAUUGACGUCUGUAGGAGCAUCGCCAACCAGUCUACCAUCCAACCCAACCAGCACAAUUCAAGGUGAGCCGACGGCGCCGCGGAAUCUCACCUUCUCGCAAGUCAAUGCCACCAGCGUCUUCCUGCAGUGGCAGCCGCCAACAAAUGCCUUCGCGCAGACCUGGCAAUACACUGUUGAGUACGUGGAGGCACAGGGCACGAAGAAGUCCCUCACCGUGGAUCACGUGCAUGAUGAGCAGCAGCUGCAGCAGCACAGUCUGUCUGCCUUGAUACCGUACACGCAGUACAGUGUGCACGUAGUCACAUACAACGGGCUGUUCCGGAGCAACGACUCUGUCAGCACCUCGUUCAUGACAUCACAAGCUGCCCCGGAGACUCCGUCAAAUGUACAGAGUACAUGUCCAGCUCUGCGCACAUCGCCUGCUAGCUUCUCGUGGACCGAGCCAACAAAGCUGAAUGGCCCAGCCGUAGUGUACAGCGUGUAUAUAACUACUACAGACAGUGAUGAUGAGGAAUAUGUGGACAGUGAAGGUGCUGACAACCUGCUAACAACAUCAUGGCAGCCAUCGCGUCCCUUGCAACCGUUUACCAAGUAUGCCCUGACUGUCACGGCAAAGCAGAGAGACGACCCGCUCCUGGCCAGCAGAAUGCUUAUUGAGAACGUCGAGUGCAAGUCAAGUACCAUAGUGCCUCGACCACCUACGAAACCUCCAGCAUUCCGCGGUUCAGGCAACAUUGCCAGCAAUGGUUCAAUCCCGCUUGAACUGACCAGGUCUCCUGAUCAUGCCUUUGCAGCUCAAUAUGCUGUGUACGUCAGAAAGAGCACGCCAGGGUCGAGGCAGCAGCGCAGUGUGCUGGGCAGGUUCCGGCGGCAGGCGGAUAGCACAGAGUACGUCACAGCUCGCCUGGCUCCCGACAGCGUUGCUGAUGGAACCGUGUUUGUCAUCGGCGAUGGCAAAACCCAUGGUGUGGCGAAUGCCCCUCUUGUUCGUGGCUUCUCGUAUGAAUUUGCCCUUAUUACAGUGACCGCUAGCGGUACUGAGUCGGAAAAGGUCUGGACUCCCAAGGUGGAUUUCUCUGCUCCUGACGACACGUCAUCAGGAUUGGUUCUGAUCGUUGCUGCCGCCAUUGGCGCAGUGGUGGUCUUGCUUCUCGUCGUUCUCCUCAUUGUGGUGAUACUCCGCUAUCGCGGCAGGAGGAGAACCGAGAGCACAGGCGCUGCCUCUACUAACAACAGCACCGGCAAGAAGCCGUUUACGCUGCCAAAGACCGGCGAUGAAACUGUGGAGAAGAUCCGUCUUGGGGAGGACAAAGCUCACCCGGCCAUUCAUCUGGCCGAGUUCUCCGAACACGUGGUCAACAUGAGAGCCGAAGGAAACCUUCCUUUCUCUCAGGAGUAUGAUUCUCUGCCUCUUCACUUUGAGGGUUUCACCACCAACAACAGUGAUCUGACAGUCAACCACCAGAAGAACCGCUACACCAACAUCAAAGCCUAUGACCAUAGUCGAGUGCGGCUUAAUGCCAUCAAGGGUGUGUCCGGUUCCGACUAUAUCAAUGCCAACUUUGUUGAUGGCCAUGACGAAAAGAACGCGUACAUUGCCACUCAAGGUCCUGUCGAUGAGACCAAGGCAGACUUCUGGAGAAUGGUCUGGGAGCAGCAGAGUGCCACUAUUGUCAUGUUGACCAACCUGGAAGAGAAGGGAAAGCCCAAAUGUGCACAAUACUGGCCCGAUUCUGGCACCAUUGCGUAUGGCAACAUUGAGGUGACGCUCACAGACACCAUACCGCUGGCUGACUACGUUGUGCGUGUCUUCAACCUCGUCAAGGUGGGUCGUGAUGAACCAUCACGUGAAGUGAAGCAAUUCCAGUUCACUGCGUGGCCUGAUCAGAGUGCACCUCGCCACGCCACACCCAUGCUGCUCUUCCGCCGCAAAGUGCGACAGCUGAACCCGGAGCGAUCUGGUCCCAUGAUCGUGCACUGCAGUGCUGGCAUUGGGCGCACGGGCACGUUCAUCGCAAUCGACGCCAUGCUGAAGAGAGCGGAGGAGCUGGACACCCUCGACGUGUACGGCUACUGCACCAUCAUGCGUGCACAGCGCAACUUCAUGGUGCAGGUUGAGGAACAAUACUUUUUCAUUCACGAGGCAAUAAAGGAAUCGCUGGACUGUGGCAACACAGAGAUCUAUGCUAAGGACCUGCCUCAAGCUCUUCAGCGUUUGCGGCAGCCUUCCAUCCUUGACGACAGCAUUACUGGCAUGCAGGCUGAGUUCCAGCGCCUCUCGACCGAGAAGGUAGACAACCUUUCGUUUUUGGCUGCCCUGCGUGAUUGCAACGUCAAGAAGAAUCGAUUUGCGGACGAGCUCUAUCUGCCAUUUGAUGAAUACCGCGUACGCCUGCCGCUUAGCAGCAUGAAGGGAGAGGAAGGUGGUGACUACGUGAAUGCCAGCUAUGUUGAUGUAAGUCCUAUAGCCCGCUAUGUUGAUGAAAGUCCUAUAGCCCGCUAUGUUGAUGGGUACAAAUCGCACUGUGCGUUUGUGGCCGCUCAAAGCCCCAUGGCACGUACAGUUGAUGCUUUCUGGCAGAUGGUUUGGCAGUCUGGCUCCAAGGUUAUCGUCAUGCUGACGGAUGUCAUCGAAGACGGACAGGAAACUUGCCAUCAGUACUGGCCCGUGGACAUGGCUUCGCAGUAUGGCACAUGCCUAGUCGAUCCAAUCUCGGAGCAGACGAAGACGGACGCGUCGCAGCAGGUUGUCUACACACUGCGUCAGUUCAAGAUGACCAACACGAUGGGCGAUGCAACGCGUACAGUGUGUCUAUUCCAAUACUCCGGCUCUGGCUGCUGGCCUAGGGAGAACAGCAUGGACAGUGACCAGACCUGUCUGGCUACGGGACGCCGCUCUCUCAUAGACCUGAUUGGUGAGGUGCAGAAGCUGCAGGAGCGUACCGAUGACCAUAGCCCAGUGGUGAUCCAUUGCGACACUGGCGUUGGCCGAACUGGCUGCUUCAUUGCGCUGAGCACGAUAAUUGAGCGCAUGCGAUGUGAGGGUUUGCUCGAUGUCUUCAUGACAAUCAAGUCUCUUCGCGCUCACCGUCCAUUCUUAGUUCGGACACUGGCGGAGUACUCGUUUGUGUAUGACACGGUGCUGGAAUACCUAGCGCCGUUUGAUCAUUUCACCGAUGUGAUGGACACUGACGGUGAUGCAGUUGCACACUCCCGGUACUCAGUGGAUGUGGCAGUCUAGGUGCCGUGCGUUCCAGAUACACUGCCAAUGACAUCUACUACUGCUGGUCAGUGAUUCGCUGCUGCUGUCCUUGCUCCUUGCACCGGAUCCUGUCUAUCAGACUUGUUGUUCAGCUGGUAGGCAUGCUCCACACUGCUGCUAUUCGCAGUCAUCGCUGCCGGCUUCUGCACUGCUCAACAUGCCGUGGACAAGCCGCUCCGCCAUCCAGCUAUGCUCACAAGUACACGCGCACGCACCCCUCGCAUCCCUUGAUAGCUACUCGGUCCACCCUGGAUGGACACACAACUAUGAACACACAUGCACGCGCGCACACAGAUAAUCCGCUUUAUUAAAAGGUUUUCCUGCACAGACACACGCGCACACACACAUGCCCAGCCCGCAUCCAGAGCUAGCACAUGAUCGCAAAUAUGACCUGUACAAAAACCAGAGACCCCAUAUUGUAUUUCUCUCACAAAUAAUACCUCCUUUGCGUGAUUACUAAAAUGUGUUCUCUUUUUUACAAGUAUGUAAGUCAGAUUAUGGUUGAAUUUGCAGACAUGGUAUUUCAGUUACAUGUAUUGCUUCUCUGUGUUGACUUUUGCUUCUGGCUGCCAUCGCCGCCCAAUGCAUGGUCCUGUGUGUUCCGCUUUUUUCUGCCUUAUUCUCUUUACCAAUUAUUUGGCGAUCUGGUAUGUGUCCACCUGUCAUCACUAUAGCUGUUGUGAGCUGUGUUGUAAAUGUUGCCCACUGUACUGCUGCACUUGACAGCCUAGUGCUGGCUCACCUGCACACGGCCGCUGAAUUGGCGCCCCCGCAGUCCACAGCGGCCACGCUCUGCGUAAGCUGGUCGAUCAAUGUUUUUCUAGGCUCUCUCUCUCUCUCUCUCUCUCUCUCUCUCUCUCUCUCUCUCUCUCUCUCUCUCUCUUCUGUCGGAUACUGCUUUGUGCAUCACACCAGCUUACUGGCGGACUCACUUAGCCGUUCUCUAGCUCAUUCUACUCGGGCAAAUACACCAGUUAAUAGUGCAGCUAUUGCCCUCAGUCAGUGAGUGUCUGAUGUACUGCUACUGCUGUAUAGUAUUUCGGUUCGACUGGGCACAAGAUUCCUCAGCUGUCACAUUUCCACUUGUACAUGUCAAAGCAUGCUACAUGCAGACGCCAUAUUCUAUACCGAUUCCAAUAUUUGUAGCCUCAUUUUUUUGUGACGGUCUGUUGUGUUGCUCAUACACGUCUUGUUUUGUUUGCAUUACUUUUUAUACCAAGAGGACUGUGCUCUUGAUUUUACCUAUGCAGCAGCAGCAGCAAAACCAAAACUGUGUUCUGUUCUGUUCAUAUGACCUGACCUGCAGCAAUAUUGUUCAAUGGGACCCAUUGUCUAACA